CCAUUCAACCAACACUUUUCUCACCAAAACAACAUAUAUCUUUGUUAAAAAUGGAGACCCCAAUAAUCAAAAUUAUUUGCCUGAUCUCCCUAAUUGUUUUCUCCACCUUUCUUCACCCUUCUCUCUCUGAGCUUUGCAAUCCUGAAGAUAAGAAAGCCCUCCUCCAAAUCAAGCAAGCCUUGAAUAACCCUUCCAUCCUCGCGUCGUGGGACCCACAAACCGAUUGUUGCGAUUGGCUUUACGUGCAGUGCAACGAUAAUCAUCGAAUCAACAGCAUCAUCAUCGAAAACGGCAAACUCGAGGGACCAAUCCCACCCCAAGUCGGCAACCUUCCCUACCUCAAAGUCCUCGAAUUCAUUACAAACCCUAAACUCACAGGACCAAUCCCACCAACCAUUGCUAAGCUAAAGAGACUCCAGUUGUUCAGGAUAAGCAAGGCCAACAUCACGGGGCCCAUACCGGAGUUCAUUGCGGAGAUGAAGAGCCUCAAGUCCGUCGAGAUCUCCUCUGCUCGUCUCACGGGACAAAUCCUGAGCUCUCUCUCUGGGUUAUCGAACCUCACAGAGCUUAACCUAAACCGAAACCUGCUCACAGGACCGAUCCCGAGCUCAUUCGGGGAAUUCAAGGGAGAAUACUUUUUCCUUGACUUAUCCCGCAACAAGCUCUUGGGGAAAAUUCCAGCCUCAUUGGGCAAGAGGACGUUCGAUGUCAUCGACUUGUCGUGGAAUAGGCUCGAAGGAGACGCGUCAUUGUUGUUUGGGCCUAAAAGGUCAACCUGGAAAGUGGAUCUAUCGAUGAACUCGUUCGAGUUUGACAUUUCGAACGUGGAGUUUGCGAAAACCUUGGAGUUUUUGGACAUUAACCACAACAAGAUAUUUGGAAGGCUCCCUGAGGGGCUGACCCAGCUGAGUUUGGUACAUUUCAAUGUGAGUUACAACAGGUUGACUGGAGAGAUUCCUCAGGGUGGCGACCUACAAAGGUUCGACGCCUCGGGCUACCGCGGUAAUGACUUGUGUGGUCCUCCGCUAUCGAGAUGCGAUGUAGUUACGGCGCUGUAGAAGGCUUUCCAUGCAUGCUUGAAAGUUUUGUGGAGAUCAUGAACUUUUGUUCUUUGAAGUUAGUAAGAAUUUUGUGUGUGAUGAAUGUACCGUUUGCUUUAUGGCUAAAUAAAAUGAUCACCAGUUCUAAUAUGAAUAAAUAAUCCUUUGUGUGUUUUGUA